GAAGGAAGUUUUCCAGCUGUUUUGCCAGCUUCAACUGCAAUUUUCAUUAGAUCAUUGCACGCAGAGCUAAGAUUACGUUACGAAUUUGCCACGAACUGCAACAUACUAUCGGAACUUCGUCUGGAAUAAUCUAUAAAUGGCUGAGGCUGAGAUAUUGGAUUAUAAUCUUCAUGAGAAGGUACUGUUAUUAUCCAAGAAACAAUUAUUGGUAGUUCAGGGAUUUAUACAAGCACUUUCUAUACUACCAGUAUAUGGUAGUAAAAACUAAACAAAGAUACGUUUUGGUUACACAUUGCCCCGGAUCCGGACUGAAUAUUUUUAGAAUAUUCGAAGAAAAACGAUUAAUUUCACUUGUUAGCUGAAAACUUUGAACUGAAAGCUAGCUUCACGAAAGAAGUCUAAGUACAGAAUUACUUUUUGCACAAAAAUAAAGAUGUUUUGAAACCAAAAUAUGGGAUAUUAAGUUAAUAUUUUAGGACAUUGAAUGCUUGGUUUAGCAGUACGCGCCAGCUGUUAACUUCACUGCAUCGACCAAAACGCCUAAAUCGCAAGAUAUUCAACAGCACUGACUGUGUUGCGAGAAGCUAAUGCGUCCAGUUGGUCCUCUGUAAAACUCGACGUUCUGUGAUUUCUAUAGUUAUAAUAAUCCUGAGGAUUGGUGCUUAUAUCAGUUAUGUGCUAUACCGAUUGCUCUGGGACAAUACCAAACCCACCCAAAUAUAAGCCCUCCCUGUAUAAACCCACCAUAUAUUAGGUAACGCUUAGCCCAUUCAGAAUAUAAGCCCCCCCCCCCUUCCAAUUUAAGCCCAUGGGCUUUACACAGGUAUUUGUUAACGCGACAAUAAUUACAUAAAAGUAUUAUAUGUUAACCAACUUGUUCUAUGUAUAGAUUAUAUACUGUAUGUUUCUUUUCGUUCACACUAUAACAUCAAAUAUGUCGUUCGUAUAUAAGCCCCCCCGUAUGUAACCCGCCCCCCCCCAUCCCCUAUGUAUAAGCCAUUAAAAAUGCUUACGAACGAAUAUAAGCCAAGGCGUUAAUAUUCGGACGUUUACGGUGUAUUUGUUAACAGGCCCUAUAAUAAUAUAUAUGUUGCAGAUUUAUCUUCAAUUUAAUUAAACUUCCUUUGACUUUGUUUUUGAUAACAGCAGGAUUAAUACAAUAAUAAAAAGGAGAUUAAAUUAAUUAAAAUGCCGCUGUUGUAAACAGAAUUGGUUUUAAUUAAUUGCAAGCAUUCCAACAUUCUAAGUUUAAAAAACAACUUUCCUUUAAGGUUACAGAACACCCUAGAUUGUCCAAACAAUCGAUUUAAAAUUUUUUUUUCAUAUUUUAGAAAAUAUUUACUCCGUUUGUCCAUCCGUCGCCAUCCGUCGGUCCGUAUCUGCAUACGUUUUAUCCUAAUCCCUUUGCAAUUGCAAUAGGCGGAGACAAUAGUGUUCGGUGUUUGUUUACAGCAUGUUUUCAGCCGAAUAAAUUUUUCGAUAUAUGCACUCAUUCAGAGGGUUUAAGAACAGCAUUUUAAAGAUGAUUUCCACUGCGUUCUGCGCAUCAGUUCUGCUCAUAACAAAGGGGGACUCCCAGAUACAAACAUUGCUCAAAUUUUGCACCUUUCGAACUUUUUUGAAUUGAAAUGUACAGUUUAUAUUCAUUUACAAGCAUAGCGAACAAGAAAAGUGUUAGAUAUUCAGUUAUAGUAUAUCAUAUUUUACAUAUAUAGCAAUUCAAAACGUAAACAAAGUUCGCGCAUAUGCACAGGAGUGGACAUCAUCUUUAAAUAACCCCAUUUCUUCCAAAAUGUCACAAAAUAUUGCGAUAUUUUAUUAAAAUAAAAAUUAAGUAAGUUACAGGCCAAGUCUUUCACAUGCCAUUUUUUUGUGGAACAACAUAGGUCUAGAAAGAACUAAAUAUAUACUGUAAAUUGACACAGAAUUUAUAUAUAUAUAUAUAUAUUAACAUACCGAUUGAAUAAACAGUUCUUGUAGGAAUUUAGCAGCUGUCGGCUGAUUCUGCCAUAAUGAAUCAAACACAGCAGGUUCCCUGUCAGGGUACUCAGAUUCCUUCCGUAGUAACAGUGAAGUGAGGACCACAUGGGAACAGUUUAGUAUACAUUAUGUAUGUUUGAUCUACCGCGGUUAUUAUCCAGCGGUGACCACUUCAAAAGCUGCGGGGACGUUUUAAUAAUACUAGCAUGGGACUGCGGGGAUGAAUUUUAAAUUCGUAUAUAAGUAAGUUGAUGCAUAUUAAAGUCUGUACGAAUUUCAGCCCGCAGUUGGUACUUUAUCGACUUUAGCCGUCGUAAUUUUAACCCUCUGUUUCUGGAAGACAAUUUCUUGCUGCAGCCCACUCUUGUCAAAUACACAUGCUCCACUCAGUUGCAUAUCUCGUAUCAGAGGAGGAAUGAGGGUCUUCCCACAAUGCAUUGCGUCUAAUUAUUAUUCACAAUUACGAUUUUCAACGAACGUUUGGCGAAAAGUUGUUGAAAUACAUUGCGAUUUUGGCUCCGUUUAUCACUCGUUUUUACGAAGGUAUGUUUUUAUAUUUGUAUUAUUUAAGACCCUAAUUAAACUAUUAAUUACGUAUUGUAAUUAUGCUUGAUUCGGGUCAGUGGACAAGCCAAUAAAAUGACCUUGAUAUAAUGCAGAAGCAAACUCACUUUGUUUUGAGGAAAACAAAAACAAAACACGUCAUCGAAUUCGGGAAGAUUUUUUCUUUCUACUGUUACUUUAAAACAUGAGUUUGCUCCACUAAACCGAUAAGUAAUCGCGGUUUGAAAAUGGGGUACUUUCGCUAUAUUCUAUCGCCGAUGGCGGGAAUAGACCGCCUGAUAAUCAUCAUGGCGCGAAGGAAAUUAUUGUACUAAUCACUAUUUUUCAUGAUAAUUUUGAAACAUACGCAUUUUUGUUCGUACAUAUUUUAAGUUUAGUGCAAUUUGUAAGGUUUGAUAUGCUUAUGUUUACCUGCCCUGACUGUAUUUUUUCAUUUUAUUAUAUAAUUCGGCUAUUUUGGAGUAAAACUGGAAAUGAUACUGCUAUAUAUUUUAAACGGGUAUAUACUUCUGAAGGUGAUACCCCAGGGAAACCUAUUAGAUAAUAAAAGACGCAGAAUUUCUCGUUUGAAAAAUUCAACAUCAAGGUUUUUACAAACAUAAAAUACAGUAUGACCAGUUUGACCACACUAAAACAUUGUAUAUUUUUAAUGGGACAAUAUGUUAAUAAUGGGGACUAAAAGUUAUUAUCAUAUUAACAGUUAAGGUGGCUCGAUACAGUUUUCAAAAAUUCAGGUGUUUAACACUUUGACAUGUUCAAACUACGCAUUUUUAGGAUUUAUUCAGCAGAUAUUGGGUUUUUUAUAUAUUUUGAUAACUCUACUUUCAAACGAUAUUAGUUUUAGUAACAGAUAGUUCGUUGCUAUGACGACAUACGUGUACGAAAUUCACUCCAAAAUGACCUAUCGUCUCGUAUAGUUGGAAAAAAAGCAUGGUGACCCCCAAUUUUUUUUCGUGCAUUAUUUUACUUGGACGAAAAGCUAACAAUUAGCAAAAUAUAAAAAAAUUCUGUAAUGCCAUUUUUUUGGAAAAUGCGAAAAUGUCAUAUUCUUCGGUAAUUUUUUUUUGGCAUUACAGAAUUUUUUUAUUUUUUGUAUAAUGAAAGUUUUUAGCAGUGCAAUACAGCAUGCAAAAUUUCAACAUAGGUCACCAGACAAAAUAAAGAGAUAUAGCGCAUUGUUUUUCUCAAAUGGAAAAUUCUAAUGACGUCAGCAAUUGACAUAAAACGCUAUAGAACACGCGCAAUGGCGUGAUAUGGCGCGAGCAACUGCUCACGUCAGGUCAUUUUGGAAGUUCUUUCAUUUUGUUAAUCAGUUUCCGCGACCUGCGCGACUUGUGCGCGUAAAAAUGGUCACCCGGUUUUGAGUUCGCGAUUCUUGAGCAGAGUUUUUGUGAUAACUAUAUCGAGCCACCUUAAACAGUAACAUUGUAUUUUAAUGCUUUUUUGCCUGGGAGAAUUUCUGUCCAUAGGCAUACAAGGCUGGGGGUUGCAACUCCUCCAGUCAGUGUUUAGUUGGGCAGAAUUCUGCUUUAAAAAAUUAUUGGGCAAUUGUUUUAAGAUUGACUUUAAACAGUAUAUAGACAGGAGAUGUAUUCCUUCUAUUUUAUACCUCUUGUUCAACUUUAAAUAAAGUCAUGACAAUGUUGGGCAAUUUCUAUCCACCUGUACGCCAAUAUUAAUUUUCAAUACUGGGAGUGGCAUUCCAGAAAACCUAUAGUACACAAAUUUCCUGGAGAAGCAUGCCCACAAUCCUGGUAAAAAUCCAUGAGUUUCUUUGUUGCCGUCUAAUUGUGCUGGCACUGAGAUUGCCCCUCUCACUUUUGCUGUUUGUUUUGUAGUUUCCUAUCAGAAAGAUUAAACCGACUCCUCCAAAGAAAUCCCCAGUAAAACUUCAUAAAUGGACAUUUGAGGAAGAUAAAGCAUUCAUUGAAAUCAUGCAAAUGAUUACGAUUGAAGAGGUUUACCAAUUAUGUAAUACCUCUAGUUGUUUUAAUACAUCAUUAAGCUAGAGCAAAAGCAUCACCUUUCAUAUACUUUAUCAUAUAGCAUCCGUGUUUCUAGUGAAAUGAAUGUGUGCAACAUUUUAAAAUUGUGCACAUAAGAUUUUAUUUUUAAAAACAUUUUAAUUAUCUUUAAGUACAGUAAUAUUAUGUUAGUAUUUUUUCAAUUUUAAAAUAAAUAAAUUUCAUCAACAUCAAUUAAUAUGUAGUGUGUGAUCUUUUUAUUAAUUUGUGAUGAGCAAGGGAAGACUAUACACUGAAAAUCAUGAAAACCAUACAUACCAUAAACCCCCGAAUAUAAGCCCCCCCCCCCCCAUGUAUAAGCCCCCCUUGUGUAAGCCCAUCAAAAAUCGCUUACAAAAGAAUAUAAGCCCAGUGCUUUUAGGUGGAAGUUUACGGUAGAUUGUCAAAAAACUGCAGAAUUGAUAAGAUGGUGUCCAUGCAUGGGAUACAAUACUUAUGGUAUAAUCAGGGAAGUGACGAAAACACAUGCAGUACAGGAAAACCGGGGUAGGGCCAAGACUGUACCACUACAGGUUCCCCAGUUCUAUCCUUACAAAUAAAAGAAAUGUCAGUAUUACACCAGACACCUAUAAACAAUUUUGCAGCUUUUGCUAAACAUUUUCUUUCAAUGUUUUUUAACCCAUUGACAGGGCCGUAGCGAGGGGGGUAUUGGGGGGUGGCUAACCCCCCAAAUUUUGUAGAAUUAACAUAUUCGGAAAAUCGGGUUGACCAUUCGGAAAAUUACGGCAAUAAUAGUAUAUGGUUUUUCUACGAAAAUCAUGAGAUUCAGGCAAUUUUUAGCUAAUAUUUGACUUUUGGUAUGUCCGGAAAAAAUUUUUGACCCUUAAAAUGGUACACUGACCGAAAUUUUUUUGGCGACGGGGGAGGGGGAGCUCCAAAAAAAAAAAAUUUCCCUGAAUUGCAUCUUCAUAUGCCAGCUUCGUAUGCCAUGAAAUAUUCGGAAAUUUUCUUCGUCAUUCGGAAAUUUUUGGCCUACACCCCCCCAACUAUACAUGCUAGCUACGUCACUGCCCAUUGAGUAGUUGAGUGUCAGCACUCUCCCCCUGAUGAGUAAAUAGUCUAGUCUAGUGUUAGACAGUAAAAUAAUCUGGUGUUAGGCAGAGUAAAAUAAUAGACAACUGGUUGAUCAUUUGAGCAUAGAUAACUGGUUGAUCAGUAUAAAUCCUUGCAAUGCAUCACACAGUAGUCAAUACAUUUUAUAUAUAGUGUUGCGAUAGUGUUGAAUUUCCUCCAUUUCAUUCGAAUUCUUUACAACAAUGCUACCACUGGGCGGUUCUUCCAUCAUUCGGUGUGUAUGAAUGUCUGUCAGGGCAAACAGGGUUUAUUGGUAAAUUAAAACAGUUAUACAAUCAGUUGGCUGAUGUAAUUCUGUUGGUGGAAGUACACUAUCCAGCUCAUCAUCUUGACUAUCUGGGUCACAUGGUGGGAUUGCUUGGGAUGUUGGUGAUGUUGAAAUGUCAAACUCCCAACAACAUAACAUUGUUAUAUUCUUUGUUUAUACCUCCUUCCCGUAGAUCAUUAGGGUCGAAGAACUACAUGAUAUGAAAUAAAAAUACGUUUAAUACUGCUGUAUUUACACAACAUUGGAGCAUUUUUAUAUUUCUAUUUUAAUUUUUGUAUAAAAAUCAUCUCACCUUAAAAACACAACUAGAGUGAAUUUGUACCAGUGCAGGACUACCGCAAUCAGCGAACAAUUUCAUCAAUUUUUAUCCCGUUUUUAACCACAGCUGGACAAAGGACUAUUCUUCAAACUAUCCUAAAACUAUAAACAUGAACCUCACGACAUUCAAGUUCAUCACACGGUAAUUCUUCUGGAAUCAAGAUUAAAGGCUGUUUUGACACACAGUGAACACACAGAAGCUCGUGCCCACCCAAAAACGAAGCUUUCUUUCCAUGCAUAGUGCAAAAAUCCACCAUUUUACAACUUUUUUUCGAUAAAUCUUUUCUGAAUCUCUUGAAACCUCGAGGUGUAAACAGUAAACACAGCGAAAGCCGACCGAACAAUGACGGCGCAGAGCGAGAAAUCGAUAAUAUGUAAAAAAACCGCGCCUGACCGCGUUGCACAUCGGUAUAGUCCUCACUCCUCCUCUGAUCUCGUAUUAUGCGGAAUAAAUUCGCUGUUUAAUUCUUUCCUCAAAUUCGCCGUCACAUAAAGUUACAAUUUCCCGCGUUUUUCCCGAGUUGCUCUGGAUUGUUCUUUCUCUACUAAUGGCCUGGCUCUGACAUCUUGAAAUGAAUUAUCAUGUAUCCAAACUGAAAACGUUGUCUAAAAUUUGAUGGGUUUUGUAGAUGGAAAUCGUCGAGUGGAAAUUGAAAUACAUUUAUUUGACCUAACCAGGAACAGAAGCGAAAAAUGCAACAUUAGGUCUCUGGCAGGAAGUCGAACCUGCGGCCCUGCGAUUCCGAUGCAGCGCUAGCUCUAACCAACAGAGCCACAGAGGUCAGUUGUCGAGCUGUAACCACAAGUUCAUGUAUGUAUACUAGGGUACUGCCAUGUAUAGGUUAUGGGUUGGACUCGCCCAACAAUACGUAAAGUUUUAUAAACAGAAGUUCGCCCUUACAUUCCCGUUAGACCUACAAUAAACUCGGCUAGUCUAACCUCGUGUAACAGGUCCUUUUUAAAUUAAGAAUUCGAUCGUCCGUGGGGGAUGGCAUCUACAAAAUGUACCGCACUAUACUGAGUGUGGAGAUAUGACAGAUAUUGAUUCUUGUUUAUAAAACGUUUGGUGUGGUGUCGUAUUUAAUAGCAGGGGGGUUUGGGGGAAUCUUUCUCAGAACAUUUUUGUAUUUUCCACCUCUAGAACUGCAUUUCGGCGUUUUGUGAAACAGAUGUUUGGAUAUACAGCGUUUAAUUUAUACUGUAGAUAGACUGAAUCUUCAGUUAAGUACGUGUAAGUUAAGCAAAUCAACUCAGUCACUAUUUAACUUGUUUAGCCUAGCCUUCCAACAACUCAAAUCUAUAGGGUCUUUGAUAUGCUAUCCACAUGGGAAUUUUUACAACAAUUUCUCCAAGGUAUUUACAACACAAUGUUUAGCAUUUUUGAAAAGACAUUGAAUCAUUUGAAGAUAAAAGACAGGACGUAAGAUUCACAAAUUUCAGUUACUAGAAUAUCAAACCUACCGGUACCUUCAAAUUCAUUUUUCUUCCAACAUUUUGCUUAUAUUUUAGAGAAAAGGGACUUUGUCUGGAGGGGGUGGGAUGUUUGCGCGCGGCGGGAGGCACCAUGGGGCCUGGGGGCUUUGGACCCCUAAACGUCCCUUUGGCGCGUAACAAAAAAACAAAAUUAGCAUACCCUUAACAAUAGGUUUUAUUAGCAGCUUUCAAUUAACACCACUUCAUUGUACAAGGCAACAUUUAUAAACAGAAACAAACAUAUUAGAAUGAAUUACAAUAAUUAUUAUUGGAAUCUAUCGGCCUAAAAUGUAAUAUGGCUCGAAGUCUUGCUACUACAAUCUCUUGCUGUUUUUAAUAAUAGCGAGGUUUGGAUUUGGCAUCUGCCACCACUGCCCCUACCUCAACCUCGUCCCCAAUCUUGGACAAACCCUUGAGACCAUUCCAGCCAAUAUUACAAAACAAACUGACAAAACAAACUUCGUCUCCUCUUCCCCCCAGUUCAUGAUCAAUGUUGUAAACAACGCCGAAACAACUUUUGGUAAUAUACUAGAAAAUACAUGCAUGCAGAAACCCUCGCCUUGCUGAGAAAACCAUUGACCAUUGUAUUUUCCGAACAUGAAGUAUCUAAAGUAGUUGUCAUGGUAACACGAUAAUUUUUUAAGAAUAUUCUUACAAAUGAAAAAUCGCCUAAAAAUAUCACUUUUAAUUACAAAAUUAAUUUCCCAACAUAAUAUGUUAGGUAUGUUAUUAUACGUAAUAUAAGCCUCAAUUUAAGGUAAAAUUCAACCACAAACGCUUCGCAAAACGUUUUAAAGUCACUAGUGUUCUUUAUAAAACUAAUCUGCCUUUUAAAAUGGCUUUAUCGAUAAACUUUGAGUUUGCAAUAAAAUGAUUUCAUAUUCACGCUUGCAAAUAACUUUGCUUUCUGUUUUAUUUAAAAAACUCAAUAUCUUAAAAAAAGGGAAUCAAUAUUAAAGAAACACUGAAAUUAUAUCAUUGCUCUCUUGUUUGGGUGUUUCAUACACGGAAAGGCGUCGGGUUUUAAAGCAAUUAUAAAAUCUAUAUUUAAAACAAACGGCUCCCUUCUUUUAGCCGAUUCUUCCUUCUUUUAGCCGAUUCUUUCGCAGUUUCUUUCUGAGGGAGCUUUUGAAAUUUACAAAAUCUUGCAGAAAUGCGAGCAAAAAUGAAAUAUAUUUGCAAGAAAUUUAUCAAUCAUCAAAUCAAGAAAUGUUUGCUAUUUCGCUGUCGUCAUGCAGUCGUUAUAAUGCAAACUUUAAAUUGGACCAAUCAGUGUCCGCAAUUCAUGACAGUCCGCCAUAUUUUUGAGAUCAGUGAGGAUAACCACCCACCGAAACAUCGUUGGUGAGCCACGCCCGCGAUAUUUGAUGAACUUUAGACUUCGCUAAUGCUUUCGUUUUCCCGGGUGUAAAUAGCCGGGGGGAAUUAGUACCCUCGCACGGCGCUUCGCGCCAUCGGCUCGGGGACUAUGACACAAGCUUAACAUUGAGUUCAGGGAGCGGAGACUUAAGAAUGGCAACACGAUUAAACAUGGAGUUUAUCACAAAAAUAUGAGAAUUUUUUAUAAGGGGAAAAAUAGUCUCAAGCAGUUAUGUCCAAGAUUGUAGCACACACACCGCCAAUCGACGUUGCAUGUCAACCAAAUGACAUACAAAUAGCCUGCUCCCUCAUGUAGAACAUACAAGUACUUUGCACAUGGGCGGGGGCGGGAGGAGGAGGAGGGGGAUGGGGAGCAGCUUCGGAAAUAAACUAAUAUUAACCUUGGGGACCAUGGGGGUGGGCCACUCCCACAUUCUGCAGUCUGCAUCCACAAACAACACUGCGUUUAAUGCUCAUAAACUUCUUCCAUUUAAGACAAGUAAACGCAAUGGCAGAUUUUCUCGUCGCACUAUAUUGGUGUUCUUAUUAUUGAUUAUCGUUAUUGUGCUGGUAAUUCUCAUUGCUGUAACUUAUGGCAAGAAAUUACAAUGUGAUGACGAUGACAGGAACAAUCGGGAGCACACUCGAAGAAAAAAUUCAUCUACGGAAUCCAACAACUUGAUAUCCUUUCUCCUUUUCUCUGAUGUCCACCUCGAUCAAUUUUACAAAGCCACGGCAGGAAUAGAUAGUGUCUGUAGAAAUGAGAGCGAGCCUAGCACUUAUAAUGCGCCAUAUGGAAGAAUUGGUUGUGACAGUCCAUUGAGAUUACUGCAUGAUGCAUUGAAUGCUAUGAAGAAACAAGCAAAUAACUUACCCAAUCUGGGCUUUAUUAUGUUGUCAGGUAAGGAAUUUUCCCAGUAUAAACAUAGGAGAAAUAAAUAUCAUUUAGGCAAAAGUUCGAAACUUUUGCGUUACCAAAGUUUGAUUUUCCACGUGCUGAACCUCAUGCUUGCUCAUUUACAAGUGUGGUAUGAUUUGUGUUCAAGCAAGAUCAGAGUCACUGUUGUGUAGUCAAGAUUCUAGAAAUGGGCUAUUUGCUACUUAACAGAAUAACAACUGCACACUGUACAGGGCCAAGCAGCAUUGCCAUUUUAUUCUUUUACAAAUCCCACUGUUUCCAUGCCUUCCAGUCAUCCAUAAGAUUUUGAAUAUUUUAGCAUUCUACAAGCCUUCUUGUAAUUUAAUAUUUCCAGGUGACUCAUGCGCUCAUUCAAUUGAGACACACCGAAGAAAAGUGGUGCUCGAAAAUAUAAAUACUUCAUCAAAAGCUGUGAAGUUGACAUUUCCUGACAUCCCAUAUUUUCCCAGUAUUGGUAAUAAUGAUAUUCCUGGUCAUUAUGUAAUGCCUGUUGAGAAUGAUACAUGGUAUUCUGAUUUGCUGAAUAUCUGGCAAGAUGCCAUACUGUGUAAACACUGUGAUAUGAGUUAUCAGACAACAACUGAAGCUGAACUGCGCAAAACGUUUUUAUAUGGAGGGUAUUACAGUGUGUCAAUUGCAGGUUUGUAAAUUAGCUUCUUCCGUUUUGAAAAUUCAAUGCAUCAACUUUAUAGUAGUCCCUGCUGGUGUGAGGUUACCUGCAUGGAUAUUUUUGUUCAUAUGAUUUCGUGACAAUGCACAAACGCAGGCAAAAUGUGUGGAC